AAAUGUAUACUUAGCUGAGAAGAAAAUGAAUAUUUCUUUCCUAUAUAUAGAUCACAAAAAUUGUACAUAGAUAUAAUUGUUUCUCAUUUAAAAUCGUAACAAAUUAAACUCGAUCUUUAUAUCUUUCAACUUCUCAAUCCAUCUUUACUCUACGAACAACUUGUUAUUCGCAACAUGACUGGUCUCCACCGUCACAACAAUCACAAGGAGGAGGCACCUAAAGACCCGAAGAAGGAAAUGAAGCACCAUAAACACCUUCAACAUCUCGGCCAAGCUACUACCAUUGCCGUUGGUGCUUAUGCCCUACAUGAGAAGCGUCAAGCUAAAAAAGAUAUGGAGCAUGCCCACAAGCACAAGGUGAAAGAAGGGGUUGCCGCCGCGGUUGCAGUUGGGGCUGCUGGAUUUUCAUUCCAUGAACAUCACAAGAAGAAGGAAGCCAAGGAAGAACUUAAGAAACACAAGCACCAUCAGCAUAAACACUAGUUAUAUCAAAUUAAAAGCCCUAGCUUAUGAACACACAUAUUACAUAUAGUAUAUAUAUCUAUUUUAAUUAUAUGGUCAUUUGUAUAAUUCAUGUUAUAAUUUUAUUUGAUUGAUU